AUGAGCGCCUCGACAAGAGUCGCACGUCGGGCGCUAGUCGUCAACCCAUUCCUCGGCGCCGGCCGCGCGAUGCCCAGGUCUGCUCUCCUUGCCACCUCAAUCCAUUUAGCACGCAAUGCGCAGCAGCUGGGGCUCAACAGCCCCACCACUGCCCUGCUCAUUCCUCUUCGGAGCCUGACAACCACCCCUGGGACCACCACUCAUGGAGGACCUCCCGGAGCCCCGCCACCAGGAUUCAAUCCGGAGGAGGCUAAGAAACCUCUUCCGAAAGAACCUACCAACGCCGCCAAGCCCGCCGCGAAAGCCGAGCCUAGCAAGGCUGACUCCAGCAAGGCCGCGGCGAAGGAAGCUGCUAAGAGCGUUGCGGAAUUGGCCGUCGACUCACGGGCGUCCCUCACCCAGCUCGCUUCUGCGAAGGAGGUUGCGGCUGAGAAGGCUGAAGGCGAGAAAGAGAAGAAGCUGACGCUCGUGCAAAAGAUCAAAAAAGAAGCGCAACAUUACUGGGAUGGCACCAAGCUGCUGGCGGCCGAGGUCAAGAUUAGCACGCGGCUUGCGCUGAAGAUGGCUGCCGGAUACGAGCUCACUCGGAGAGAGAACCGGCAGCUCAAGCGCACGGUUCAGGAUCUCGGCCGGCUAGUACCUUUCUCUGUCUUUGUCAUUGUGCCAUUUGCCGAGCUUCUGCUCCCGGUGGCGCUCAAGCUCUUCCCCAAUAUGCUCCCCAGCACAUACGAAGGACAAACGUCCAAGGACAAGAAGGCGUCGACGCUCCGGGCCACGCGCAAGGAAGUUAGCGAUUUCCUUCGCCAGACCCUGAAGGAGACUGGCCUUCCUUUAACCCAGGCCACGGCGCAGAAAGAGGAGUUUGCCACCUUCUUCCGGAAGCUCCGCUCUACCGGGGAGAAGCCGACUGCCGAGGACGUGAUCAAGGUCUGCCAGAUCUUCAAGGACGAUCUCACGCUCGACAACCUGUCGCGCCCGCAGCUUGUGUCCAUGUGCAGGUACCUGAACCUAAACACUUUUGGCACGGACAUGAUGCUGCGAUACCAGAUCCGCCACCGCAUGCGGCAGAUCAAGCGUGACGACCGUGCCAUCAGCUACGAGGGCGUCGACAGCCUCACGGUCUCGGAGCUCCAGGUGGCCUGCGCCAGCCGCGGGAUCAAGAGCCACGGUGUUUCGCCAGCUAGGUUACGGGAGGAUCUCCAAACCUGGCUGGACCUGCGACUUCGCCAUGGCGUGCCGUCAACACUGCUUGUGCUCAGUAAUGCCUACAUGUACGGCCAAACGUCGACGGAAGAGGGUGUUUCGGGCCAGAUUGAGGCGCUGACAGGCGUACUGUCGUCGAUCCCCGAAGAGCUUUUCCACGAAAUUGAGCUUGAGGUGCACAACGCUGAGGGCGCGGCCACCAACAAGCAGCGUCUCGAGGUCCUCAAGGAGCAAGAGGAGUUGAUUGGCGAAGAGUUGGAGCAGGACGAGGAGAACCAGAAGACAGGGUUUGCCUCGCCGCGUGAUACUGAAGACAUUGACGAGGAAAAGGAGGAGAGGCAGGCUCAGGCCGAAUUGGAAGGCGUCGAGAAGGCGCAGGUCACCGAGGCGGCGGAUGCAGAGAAGGACCAGCUCGAGGCUUCGAGGAUACAGCAACAACAAAGGACGGAGGUGCUGAAGUCCAGCGACAAGUGA